CCCGGCUCCCAGGGCCCGGCCGUCCCGCGGGAGCCUCGGCGGCGCAGUCCCACCCCGGCCGGCGCGGCUCGCUCCCACGUCCCCGCCGCCGUCUCGCGGGAGCCGAGCGACCGAGGCAGCGGGGGCGCGGGGCGCUGCAGGAGCCGACAUGGACCCAAAUCCUCGGGCAGCCCUGGAGCGCCAGCAGCUCCGCCUUCGGGAGCGGCAGAAAUUCUUUGAGGAAAUUUUACAGCCUGAGACGGAGUUUGUCUUCCCCCUGUCCCACCUGCAUCUCGAGUCGCAGAGACCCCCCAUAGGGAGUAUUUCAUCCAUGGAAGUGAAUGUGGAUGCACUGGAGCAGGUAGAACUUAUUGACCUUGGAGACCAGGAUGGAGCAGAUGUGUUUUUGCCUUGUGAGGACUCUCCACCAGCCUCCCAGACAUCUGGGCUGGAUGACCACCCGGAGGAGUUGAGCCUGCCAAUGCCCACGCCAGACAGGACUGCGUCCCGCACGUCCUCCUCAUCUUCUGACGACUCCACCAACCUGCACAGCCCAAAUCCCAGUGACGGCGGGGCAGACACGCCCUUGGCACAGUCUGAUGCGGAAGAGGAUGGGGCUGAUGGAGGGGCAGAGCCUGGAGCUUGCAGCUAGCAGUGGGCCUCCAUCUACAGACUGACUGAGAUGGCUCUUCUCCACAGGAGACCCUAGGCCCAGCCAGAGCCCUUCAGAGAAGACCAGACUCUUUACUUGCAGUAGGCACCAGGGGGAGGCAAGGACAGUGGGAUGGCGUACCUCUCUGGGAAUUAACCCUCCUGCUUUACUGCUAACCUUUCCUGCUACAACCCUCCCACCAGUUUUUGGCUUCCUCCCAAGGUAGGGCUUAUAGGCGAGGAGAUGGAAGAUGAGGCAGGACAAGAUGCUACUGCUUUUCUUAGCACCCCUCCCUCCCCCAGACUCUCCUGCAGUCUUCUGAUAGAGUCUCCUAAACCAGUGUCUCUAAGUGGACGUGAACUCCGUAGCACUCCCCGUGCAGUGGUACUCCAGCCAUCCUGCUCCCCUACAUCCUGUUCGGGAACAGGGCACGGUAUAAAUAAUAAAUAAUAAUCUACCAACCA